AUGAAUCCCAGCGGCUGUCCGACCUUAUCUUCGAAUCUGUGCCGCCGGCAAUCACGGCGACUCCCCAAGUCCGUCUUCUUUACGUGCGCCUUUUUCUGCGUCUCAAGUGCGCGGCGACAUUCACUUCCUGCAGCGGCAGGAGGGCGAUUCGGUGGAGCUCCGCUGCGCCAUCCAGCCCAGGAGGCGCUCCACUUUGGGCUUCUCCCUGAAGCGCACGUGGCGUCACCCCGGCCAAGUUCUUUUCAAGUACACCGGCAGCGAGGCGUACGUCAACGCCCCCGCCGACGGACGGCGCCUGGCGGUGGCGGCGACCCCAGCAGCCGCUCUCUGACCGUCACCUUGUCCGAGCUGACGGCCAACGACACGGACCGCUACGAAUGCGAGUUCGUGGUGGCCCGCCCGUCUUCUGAGGACGAGCUCGUGCCGGGAGACACCGAAUUUUUCCUACUGGUCAAUGCCGCAAAAACGGGGCGCAUCGAAGUGUGUGAGGGGGGCUCGGCCGUGGUCCCCUGCCUGCCCCCUCGCGGCGAGGACCUUCCGGUGGAGGGCGCGAGGCUGAUACGGCGGAGGGGCCCUGCUCCGGCGGAGCUGCUCUACCACACCAAGCGGCACUCCGGCGAAGGCCAAGUGUCCGCGUCCUCGCGGUUCCAGCUGGGCUCGGCCCCGGGCCCCGGGGGCUUCACGUACAACCUCACCCUGCGACACCUGCGGCCGCAGGACGGCGGCCUGUACAGCUGCCAGCUCCUCUUGCGGGGGCUCCCCGACGCCAGCGUCUCGCUAGACGCGAGCCGAGCCGUCUUUGUUUCGGUGGAAGGUCCAUGCGGCUGCUCCAACUACCCAACUCUGCUGUACGCGUUGUCCUCCGCCGUGCUGGUCCUCAUCGUACUCCUCACGUUAAUGCUCAUCUAUCACAAACGAGCACGCAGCCGGGCGGCCUCACGCCCUGCGGUGCCCAUCUACGAGGAGAUGGCCGGCGUGAAGACUCGAGACAAGCUGGACGACGGCGAGGGGUCCGAGUACAGGAACUGCAAAAUGAAGAAAACCUGCACGGAAAACCAUUACGAAACUCCCAUCCGGUCAGCUUUCUAAACAGAACAAGCUCCCUUGUCGCAAUAUCACACCUCCAUCUUUAAAAAAAAAAAAAAAAAAAAGGUUUCUUUCAAGAAAUACACAACUCUGAAAAAGUCGGGAACGCAGCGUUGCCUCGACCUGGUCGCGGAGCCCGGAGUUCAGACCAAAAGCUGCACGUAGCCGUUAUGCUGCAAAGCGAAGCAAGGUCAGCCCCAAGUGUCGAUAUUUUCGAAUCAGUUGAAGAUGUGUUCGAUUUAUAAUUUUUUUUUUUAGCGCAUUUCCAUUCAUAUUUAAAGUCAUCAUGACAAGGUUUAGUGGACAGGGCGUAAUUUAAAGACUUCACGGUCACGUUUAAAGUCAACAAUUGAUGCGAGGAUACCGCUGAAGAGCGUCAACAAAUGACAUCAACAAUCGAAAACGGGCAGUCACGUGACUCUUAGAUGUUAACUUUAUAUUACAUUAAUGUCAGUUGUUGACUGCGAAUGUUACGAUGACUUAAAAUUUCAUCGUUGACAACUUCAUUUUUCAUCCCGUCGACUUUAAAAGUCAGCGUGACGACUUUCAAUCACAUCUCAGCGUUUUUUUUUUUUUUUUGGUUUGUUUUUUUUUGUCCUUCUUCUCGUUAGGUGACCCAAACGGGCUGUUCUACAGUUAAGCUCUUUCAAAACAUUUAUCAAAUUUGUUCCAUGCACUGCACGUUUGCUGAGCAAGUUCUCUUUCAUUUCCGUACUUUGUCUUUAAAUACUUUUAGUUACGUCAUUUAGUUAGCUUGUGUAUGGAACGCGCACCCCAAAAAGUGCCUUGCUUUGAGAUACGAGUGACCCGAUAUAGGAAUUCCUCGAGAAAUGAGUCUUUUUUUUUUUUUUUAACGGGCAAAGUUUGGUGGCAACUUCCUUCGCAAUAAGCAGAUAACAAUGAACAAUUAAUCAAAAAUAAAAGAUUUGGAGCUGUUUAUUUCUGCUCCCAGUUGAAGUUUACUCUCAAACGAAACAUCAAACAAAUGAGAAUUAGCUCAGUGCUAACAAACAAUGCAACACGCGAUUGACAUGAUAACAAUUCACGUCGAAAGUCACUUUUAGUCAUAGUAGAAUUAAUAUAGUAGUACUAUUAUUCUUCAUUUGUGUCGAAUUGACUGAAUUAUGUCCGCUCUGGUACCGGUUCUGCGUGCCUUUCGGGAAGACAGUAGAAACUUUACACAGGUUGUUGUGAUGGGGUUUUUUAAUUUAAAUGUUGAAUUAAAUCUUGAUUUUAUUUUGACAGUUUUAUUAUUUUUAUGUGUUUUCUGACUUCUGAUUUCAGUUCUCAAUGUGUAGCAGACUUUUGGUCAACAUUUGAACUGUAGUUUUAGAAACAAGAUCAAAAAUAAACUUGACUGUGUCCCAUUAAUAAUUACCACCUGAAAUUCUUAUCUUCAGAGACAAUGAAGAGCCAUUACCAACUAUCAUUAAUGUACAGUAUUAUUAUUAUUAUUAUGAAAGUAUCAUGCAACAAUGGCCGACAGCAGAACCCAACUGGUUUCAGCCAGACUGCGGGAAAGAUGUGAAAUGAAAACACGCUACACGUCAUAGCGGAUGAAUUAUGAGUUGAAAUUGAGAUUGGUUUAAAUAUUCUAUAUGAAUGCACUUGAAAAAGCCUCAAAAGUGGGAAAUAAAAUAAAAUCAGAUUUAACAGACAUUUGUAGCUGCUUCCU